AAUAAUAUUAUAAAAAUAACAAUAGUUAUAAAAAAUAAAGAAAAAUGUCUAAUCAGUGCCGUUUAGAUACUUUUUACGAUAAGUGCAUGUAUAAAAACUGUACGAGUUCAAGAUCUCUAGGAAAACGUUUAUAUAGAUUCCCAUUGCAGACUGAUAACAGAUAUCAUUUAUGGAUAAGCAACAGCGUUGUUCAGUUGACGUGAGUCCGUGCCGUCCGUGGUCCGUGUCAGUCCUCAGUCAGUGAGCCUGGUCGGUCUGACAAAAUUUGUCUGUUGGGUCAUAUUGCGAUAGAAACUGGAGAGAGAAUAUUGGAAUUCUCUCCGUUGACAAAACAAGUAACACCGAUGAUGACAUCGUUGAUGCCGAUAUCAACGAUGUCGGCAGAAACUGUGUCAACAGUGGCAUCGGUGACAUCGGCAUCAACGAUGUCAUCAACUAUGAUGUCGGCGGAGGCAUCGACAUCGACACCGGCAUUGGCACCGGCAUCGGCAUUGACACCGGCGCUAGCACUGGCACCAGUAUCAGCACUAGCACUGACAUCGGCACCGGCGUCGACAUCAAUAGAAAUACCGGCACCAGAGAAGGCACCGGUACCAGCGUCAACGGAGGCGUCAGCGCUAAUAGCAUUAAGUAGAGAAGAUUUAAAAGGUCUUAUUGAUGCAGCUGUACAAUCUGCCAUGAGAGGAGGACGAGGAGGAAAAGGACGCGGGAUACGAGGAAGCAGAGGAAGAAGAAGGGGAAGAGGAAGAGGACGAGGACAUGGAUAUCAAAGAACAGGGAUUAAUAUUAAUAAUUAUUAUACUGCUCCUAAAACAUAAAACUAUA